AUGGCCGAGCGGAUGAGUGCACUUUCCUGCCUUCGAAGCCGAUCAACAGUUGCCCUCAAACGACGUCCAAACAGCCCGAUCGCAAUAGCCCGUCUCGAUGUUGGAGCUCAAAUGUUGUCGUUGAUAGAUUUGAAGUCCAGAACCGUUUGUCAAAGGGUCGUUUUUGGUGGUUGUACUUGUGGGAAAAUAACAGACUUUGUUCCUGCAAACUCUAUUGUCAGCGAGAAUAGCAUCAUGUGCAAGGCUGGCCUGCCGAACCAAUUCAAGGAUUCUGUCAGCCGCACACGCAAUUUUUCCCAAGAAUGGAUGACAGUAAAGAUCCGGCCGCCUCCAGAGGCUGUGCAAUACUUGCUGGCGAUGGUACAUAUAAGAGGCGUAGCAGCACAAAGCGUCUCAAAUCAUCUCAUCUCCACAUACCAGCAGCGCAAAUCUUCAUACCACAACACCACCCACCAAACCAACACCAAGAUGUACACUUCAGCCAUCAUUCUCUCAACGCUCUUCGCCUCAGCUCUCGCAGCUCCAACAGAAAAGCGUCAAGCCGGCAUCACCAUCGACUUCAUCGGCGGCCCCGCAAGCUACAGCUUGACCAUCCCACAAGACGGCAGCUGGGUUCCCACGAACAGCGACCUCAACAUCUCCAAGCUGAGGUCUUCCGCCAACAUUCUCCAGAUCUGCCAGUUCCAGACCAACCCCCCACCAGCUCAGGCUGCUGCAGCCGUAUAUGUUCCAAGCGACGAUGGCGCUAUUGAUGUUGGGCCACCACAGCCGAUUGUUGCUGUUAGCUGCUCGGGAUACUAG